GUUACCAGGCAUAGCUGUGUCUCCUCCGGCACAGCGUGGUAAAAGAGAAGCAUUUGGCAGUUAUGGUUGAUCAGCGUUUCUUUCAUCCUCUCCGGUGCAUUAGAUACGACGUACACACUGAAUAGAUCCUGUUUCCUCCUUCGUUUUGACGGAUUAAAAAUAAAAGAUGCGCUGAAAUACCCAACGAGUCUACAUCUUCAUCAAUAUGGCAUUGAGGAAACCUUAACAGGACUGUGAGCUCGGCCAUCAUUUUUGCAGGAAAAUGCAUCUUUGGAUUUCAUAUUUUUUGCUAAGUGCAACGUCAGUGUGCACUGUUGAGAUGUUUGGCAGUUAUGGAGAAAUAUGUCAAAGACUUUGUGCCUGUGAGGAGAGAGAGGGGAUUCUCACAGUGAGCUGUGAAAACAGAGGAGUUGUAAGUAUCUCAGACAUAAGCCCAGUGUACUUCUCCCAGUAUCAUCUGCUGCUUACAGGGAAUCUUUUGAAAAAGCUAUCUGCCAAUGAUUUUGUUGAGUACAAGGGACUUACAAUAUUACAUCUGGGAAAUAAUGAGAUAUCUGAAGUCGAAGCAGGAGCUUUUAAUGGACUUCAGGAAUUAAAACGAUUGCAUCUCAACAAUAACAAAAUUGAUGCCUUGAAGGAAGAGAUUUUCUUUGGUCUUGAAAGUCUGGAAUAUCUACAAAUUGAUUACAAUUAUAUCACUCAUGUUGCGCCCAAUGCCUUGAGCAGACUUCGACAUCUGGAGGUCCUGAUUCUAAAUGACAACUUAAUAUCUUCUCUGCCUGUGAACAUUUUCCAGUAUGUACCAUUAACUCAUUUGGACUUAAGGGGGAAUCAGCUAAAAGUGCUACCCUACUCAGGUCUGCUGGAGCACAUGAACAGUGUUGUGGAGUUACAGCUGGAGGAGAACCCAUGGAACUGUUCAUGUGAGCUGAUUGCUCUGAAAACCUGGCUCGAGAGCAUAUCAUACACAGCUUUAGUCGGCGAUGUUGUUUGUGAGUUCCCUUUCCGGCUUCACGGGAGAGAUCUUGAUGAGGUUUCAAAACAGGAGUUGUGCCCGAGGAGAGCCAUUGCUGAAUACGAAAUGCAACCCCUGCCACAUUUGAGCACCGAUGCAUACUAUAGGACUACGCCAGCUCAUGUCACAGCCUCUUUCACCUCAUCUGGGAUUGCACGGUCCUCAUCAAGACCCACUAAGGGACCCCACCAGUCACGCAAAUUAAAAUCAAGGCCCACUGCUCGCAUCCCAUCUAAUAAACCACAGAAUUAUGGCCAAAUUAUUUCAUAUCAAACCAAAUCCCCUGUGCCUUUAGAUUGCCCAACUGCCUGCACCUGCAACCUUCAAAUUUCAGACCUUGGCCUGAAUGUGAACUGCCAGGAGCGAAAGAUUGAGCAUAUCUCUGACUUACAUCCCAAACCUUACAAUCCCAAAAAGAUGUAUUUAACUGGGAAUUAUAUCCCUGUGGUGCGUCGGUCAGAUUUUAUUGAGGCGACUGGAUUAGAUUUGCUUCAUCUUGGUAACAAUCGAGUUUCUCGCAUACAUGAUCGAACAUUUGGUGAUUUGAAACACCUAAGAAGACUAUACCUUAACGGAAAUCUGAUUGACCAUCUUAAAGCUGAGAUGUUUUAUGGACUGGAGACCCUACAGUUCUUAUAUUUAGAAUACAACGUCAUUAAAGAAAUUGCUUCUGACACCUUUCAGCAUGUACCCAAACUUCAGCUUCUUUUCCUGAACAAUAAUCUCUUGAAAACCUUACCAGUGGGAACAUUUAAUGGUCUGACAUUAGCCAGACUAAAUCUUCGCAGCAACCAUCUGCGAUAUCUGCCUGUCAGCGGCGUGCUAGAUCAGCUCACGGCACUGGUGCAAGUCGAUUUGUUCGAGAACCCCUGGGAUUGCUAUUGUAGCAUACUGGAGUUGAAGAUGUGGCUGGAGCAGCUUAGCACAGGCACGGUUAUAAACAAUGUCAUCUGUGGUUCGCCUAAAAGGCUAGCUGGGGAGGAUAUGAGAUACAUUAAGACAGCUAAUUUCUGCCCUAAUAACUCUGAUAUACUUGCCUCCAUGAUCCCACCAUCUGAAGAAUCUUUUCCAGGCAGCACUAUCACCAUAGAAACAUCUUUGGACUUUGACACACAAUACAGUGCCAUUCCUUUGUCUGUCAUGAUUCUUGCCCUUCUCUUCAUGUUCAUUGUGUCUGUGUUUGUGGCUGCAGGAUUGUUCGUGGUAAUGAAAAAGAGACAUCAAAAGAGUCAAAACGAGCACAAUAACUCCAUGAAUGCUUGCAUUAGCUCUCUCAACAUGGAAUAUGGCCUUUACAAAAAGGGAUCCAUUCCCAAAGUCAGAACAUCGGCUGGACAUGUAUAUGAGUACAUACCACCUCCCACAGAAUCCACAUGCAGAACUUCUGCCCAAACACCGACGGAGAGCAAAUCAGCAGAUGGAUUUAGAGACUUUGACAAGUUGAGUGGCGCUUUUUUGGGUAACUCGGACGAAGAGGCAGCCAGUAAUGUAAUAAGCUCGGAAUAUAGUGCCACCACUCCAGAGCCACCUAGCAAGCCCUCCAGCUCUUACCAAGAUGAUCAGUGUUACUGCAGGGAUGUACAUGAGCCUGACAAGCAUACACGCUACAGCAAAACAUUACCAUGCAGGCAUGCGGCGCAUUCGUCGAGUCAGUAUACCUCAGACUUUGAUGCAAGGCAUCAAUACAUGCACCCAGAUAGGAUACAACAGACAAUACUCUAUUGUGCAUCACCAAGUACUGUAUAUGUGGAGCCCAACAGGAGUGAGUACUGGGAACUGAAAGCAAAGCUUCAUAUUGAUCCCGAUUACCUUGAGGUUCUUGAAAAACGAACAACAUUUACACAGUUUUAG